GCCAACGCUGUGCCGGCAAGUGUCAUCAUCGGCAUCAUACGUGUAUUUUUCCGGUCCUUGUCCUUUCUGGCUCUGCAUACUUUCCUCAGCUUCACUUGGACGGCGAAGAAUCGCGCACGGUUUUUAAAAGUGCCGAUAAAAAUUUAAAAAUGUUGGGGUCACUAAAAAUUGUUUUAUUAUUAGGUGUAAUUUAUUUAUGUAGAGCUGCCGAAGAAGAUGUAUUGGAUCUUACAGAUUCCGACUUUUCGUCUGUGUUGAGCCAACAUGAUACUGCUCUUGUCAUGUUUUACGCACCAUGGUGCGGUCAUUGUAAGAGAUUGAAGCCGGAGUACGCGGUAGCGGCCGGCGUGCUAAAGAACGAUGACCCUCCUGUCGCGCUGGCGAAGGUUGACUGUACUGAGGGUGGCAAGAGCACAUGUGAGCAGUUCUCAGUGUCAGGAUACCCCACACUGAAGAUCUUCAGAAAGGGAGAAGUUUCCCAGGAGUACAAUGGUCCCAGGGAAUCAAAUGGCAUUGUAAAAUACAUGCGUGCCCAAGUUGGGCCCAGCUCUAAGGAACUGAAGACUGUUGCUGAUUACGAAGCAUUCCUAAAGAAGGAUGAGGUUGUCGUUGUUGGCUUCUUUGAGAAGGAGACUGAUCUUAAAGGUGAUUUUGUUAAGACUGCUGACAAGAUGCGUGAAGAGGUCACCUUUGGACACACUUCUGCUAAGGAAGUCCUUGAGAAGGCUGGAUACAAGAACGACGUUGUAUUGUUCCGUCCCAAACGCCUGCAGAACAAGUUUGAAGACUCGUCCGUCGUGUACAAGGGAGAGCCUGAGACCUACUCGCUCAAGGCUUUCAUCAAGGAGAACUUCCACGGUCUGGUCGGCAUCCGCCAGAAGGACAACAUCCGUGACUUCAGCGACCCCCUGGUUGUUGCCUACUACGAUGUGGACUACGUCAAGAACCCCAAGGGUACCAACUACUGGAGGAACCGUGUGCUCAAGGUUGCCAAAGAGCAGUCAGAGGUUACAUUCGCAGUGAGCGACAAGGACGACUUCACCCAUGAACUGAACGAGUACGGCAUUGACUACGCUAAGGGUGACAAGCCAGUCGUCGCUGGCCGGGACGCCGAUGGCAACAAAUUUGUCAUGUCCACUGAGUUCAGCAUUGAAAACCUGUUGGCUUUCACAAAAGAUCUGCUUGAUGGUAAAUUGGAACCUUUCGUCAAGUCCGAACCUGUUCCUGAGAGCAACGAUGGACCAGUGAAGGUAGCUGUCGGCAAGAACUUCAAGGAGUUGGUCACUGACAGUGGACGUGAUGCCCUCAUUGAGUUCUACGCUCCUUGGUGCGGACAUUGCCAGAAACUCGCUCCAGUCUGGGAGGAACUUGGUGAAAAGCUAAAGGACGAGGCUGUAGACAUCGUGAAGAUCGACGCGACCGCCAACGACUGGCCCAAAUCACAGUUUGACGUAUCUGGAUUCCCCACCAUCUACUGGAAGCCUGCUGACAACUCCAAGAAACCUGUCAGAUACAAUGGUGGCCGUGCUCUCGAAGAUUUCAUUAAGUAUGUAGCUGAACAAGCAUCCAGCGAGCUCAGUGGCUGGGACAGAAAGGGCAAGCCCAAGAAGGAAGAGCUCUAAAGAGUUGUGAUGUAAAACUUUCCAUGAAAGAUCUGUGUGAGAGUGGAGUGUGAGAGUGUGGGUGCAUGCGUUAUAUAGAACCACUGGCAUGCCAACUUGUCCAUAUCCCAUCCCAGUGAUGCUCGCCCGAGUAGACAUGUUGGUGGUAUAAAUCUAUUUUAGAUUUAUCUAAAUACAGUAAUUUUGAAUGCAUUUCUUUAUAUAGUGUCGGUGGAAUAACAAAUAAAUUAGGUUGUAUUUAUAAUCUGUGAUUUUAUUUCUAAUGUGUUCUCUUUUUAACUACAAUGACUAUGAGAUUUAUCAACUACGACUAAACCAAACUAUCUUGUGUAUAAAUGCUUUGAUAAACAUUGUCCACUAGACAGCUAAAGAUACCUAAAACGGGGUGUAUAGAAUUAGAGGGGUGAAUUGGAUACAGAAAAGGGGUGAAUAAAUGUUGGAAUUUUUUUCUAUAUUCGAAAUUUUAAUUGGAUUCCAGAUUUGACAAUUUCAGUUUUGCAACGUUAUAACAAGUACUAAAUAGUGACAUUGUGAAAUUAUUCGACAUGGAAAUGGAAUAUUUCCUAAUUGAUUCCUCUCGUUUAUACAUUUUCUCUCGUAAACUAAGAUUAUCAGGAAAUUAAUAAUAGUUUUGACAAUUGAUUAGUG